UGGAGUCCAAGUCCCAAGGGAAUGGCCCCUUUAGUGCACCUCUCAGUUCCAGCACAUGCUGUCUUUGUUUUCUGCUCUUUCUGCCUUCUUGGCCCUUGGGACUAUAAAUGAGCAUCAUUGGCUUAUUGAUAAUGAGCCCCUGCACCUUUCACUAAGCCCACUGAGCCUGUAUGUGCACCCAUGGACUUUCGGAAACAAACCGUGAGGCUCUGUGUCCUGAUGCGGCUACUACAAAGGCGUCUUGUUGCCCUCCGAUUUUAUGGAGGCUCUUUGUUGUCUGCCACUUUUCCUGGUUUGAAGUGUGUGUGAGUGCUAUUUUCAUGCCAUAUGGAAGAACCUCUCUCCUCUGCCACUGUAAAACAGCUGGUGACUGUAAGUGAGAAGUGCUCACCUUGGUUUGUCUGCUUUCCCAGCUGCCUGGGAGGGAUUGAAGACUGUCCAUGCCCCAGCGGGCUGUGCUUGUUGGGACUUGGGUGAAAGAGCGUGUGUCCUCCUUAACUUGGGACUCUUCCCUCUCCUUCUCCUUCUCCUCCUUCCCUUUACUAUUGAAUACAUGGGGAAAGCAAUGGGGAAAGCAUGUUUUUUUUAAAUUGUAGGAAACUAAUGAACGUCAUGGAAAACUUUUGUGUCGUGCUUAGGAAAGUGUGUUCAGGAAAGUGUGUGAACUCAUCAGUUGCAAGCUCCAAAACUGGGAAGUCCUGUGCUGUGUUGUGUUGCUUGUGAGUAAGUGGCUAGGUGCCUGCUGUCUCUCGUGAACAGCUUCAGCGCUCAGAAGGCGGAGGGUUUUGUUGGUGGCAUCUAGCUUUGUGUUCCUUGUUUUCUUGCCCUAACUCCAAGCUGAGGCUCUUUGCCCCAUCCGACGUCUCCACUUCAGCCAAUUCACCACAACUCUGGGAGGCAAGCUGUUCCACUGCUUAAUAGUUCUCACUGUCAGGAAAUUCCUCCUUGUUUCCAGGUUGGAUUUCCCUCUCACAAGCUUCCACCCACUGAGAAUAAAUCGAUGCCUUUUCCCCUGUGGCAGCCCUUCAAGUAUUGGAAGACUGUAUCAUGUCUUCCCUCAGUCUUCUCUUCGUUAAGCUAAAGAUCCCUAGUUCCUUUAGUCUUCUUCAUAGGUUUUAGCCUCCAGGCCCCUUAUCAUCUUUGUUGUCUUCUCUGGGGGGACAAUUGAUAGACUGCCUCCACAUGGUGUCCCUGGGCCUCCAAAGACUUUUGGAGAGGCUAAGUGGCCUAUCAUAUACGAGGCAGCCAGAUAAACCUGUGGAUCUCCUGGGUAGGGCACAUCUCUGUUUGUCAUCUUCACUAUGUUACAGGGAAAUAACAAAGGCUCUUUUCAGGGCCAAUUCACAAGAAAACUUGGACCUUGUAUCAGGAUUUGCCAGAUUAAUAUUGAGGGCAUUAGUAGGGCUAAAUGCCAAAUCCUGGAGAAAGUUUUAACAGAUUAUGAUGUAGACAUGCUUUGCUGAUUUCUUGAUGGCAACUGAUGCUGCAAAAGACUAUAUUUUGUAAUCUUAAUGUUUGUUUUUAGCUAUAAUUGCCCUAUGACCAAUGUACAUUUUCUGUAUACUUUUUUUAUAUUCCCAAUUUUUAAAAUAUAUUUGUAAUAUGUAUGAUGUGCUGCCAUAUGAUCAAUCAAUCAAUCAAUCAAUCAAUCAAUCAAUGUCUUCUCUGAACCCUUUCUAGGAUCUUAGCGUCUUCUUUUGUAUUGUGGUGACUGGAUGCAGUAUUCCAAUUGUGGCCUCACCACUGUGGUAUAUAGUGUGCUACUAUCACUUCCUGUGAUCUUGAUCCUAUCCCUGUGUUGAUGCUCCCCAGGACUGCGUUGGCUUUUUUGGCAGUUGCAGCGCACUGCUGACCCUCUUAAGCGGUGGUCCACCAGGACACCUACAGUAGAUCUCUCUCAUAGGCACUACUGUUGAGCCAGGUACUCCCUAUCUUGUACUUGUGCACCUGGUUUUUCCUGCCUAAGUGUAGGACCUUACAUUUCUCACCACUGAACUUCAUCUUGUUGGGAUAGGGCCCAAUGCUCAAGUCUGCCAAGAUCCUUCUGAAUCUUGACUUAUCUUCUGAAGUGUUAGCAAAAUAGAAUCCACCAGGGGGCUCCCUCUGAAGCUUCAGCAUUGGGCCACUGGAGGGCAAAUGCCACAGGUGGCUUCCAGAGGCAAGUGAGAAGGGAGUAACAUCACUAAGUCUUGCCUCUCUAGGAUGAUGCACUCUCUCACUUUAACCCAUUGUGCUUCGGAGGAGGUUACAAAGGCAGCAGGAAAGACUUGCAGGGAAGAGACGCAGACUGUGUCCCUGGGUGAGUGGGGAGCCUCUUCCUGUGCAAAGGGAGGCAGAGGAUACUCAUGCUGGAGAAGGAAGAGAUACCUGCAAAGUCCUAAUCCAGGUUCAAUCUUCUGAGUCCUGGGAGGGGGAGAGCCCAGAUCCCAUAUUCCCCUGCCACCCCUUUCCAUGCACAUAACAGCCAGGGGGAAAGAAGAGCUCCAGACCAGCUGUGUUGCCCCCAGCAACAAAUCCAGGAUGCCCAGGAAGGAGGAGGGGAUCUGGGGGAGCCCUUUACUCCUCAUUUCAUGGGAAAAGCCCCUGAGUGGGGGAGGGGGAGAGUUUGCAUUGCAAAUCUCAAGCAGGAAAGAAGAAAAGCUUUGCAAGGAAGGAGAUGCAAAAGAUUGUGCCUCCAUUCUCACCAUGUGCUGGAUGAGGCUAAAAGGGGGUUGGAUCCUCUGCAGUUCAACAUGUCUUAGGAGGGUGAGUGAACCAGGACGUCAUCCUACGCUACCUUCUUUCAAGCCCUGUGUCUUAUGUGAACUCAGCCCCUGCGGCUGGUGGAGCUGUCUGGGAUUAGGGCAUGUUGUGUGAACCUGCCUGCGUGUAAUAGCGUGCCUUGGCUCUUCCAAAGCAAACCCUGAAGAAAGGGAACUGGAACAUCCUAAGGCAGGGUCAUUUAAUUGGCAUUUCACUUUAUGUGAACUGAACUUUCAUGGUUUGUUAACCUGUUUGGGGUUUGACCUAUCUGCUCAAUGCCCCUGCAAUCCUGUACCGGCUCAGAAAAAUACUUCCUUUCAUGGGGAUGAGUGUUGUUCAAUGGUUAGAUCUACCACUUUCUAAUUCUUGGUAUUGAUUUUCUUUUCUAUUUCUGAUACACUGAACACCUUCACUUAUGGACAAAAUUAUCUCUCGGGCAAAGAGGGCUGAAUGGCCUGCUGUGGCCAUUUCUGCGGCUACAGGAACAGUCCUAUGAAUGUGAAUGAAAAUGUGCUUGGAGAUCCACAAGAUUCCUUGGACUCAUUAGGAGUUGCCUUACAGGACAGAGAAAGAAUGGAGACCCAACCUUCAGGAAGUGCAUUAACUGGAAAAGGCCCUUCUGCUGUUCAGCCUGGCAGGUGUGGGAAGUUCUGGGCAAGAACUGGGCAGGAGAUCCUGGAGGAGGAAACCAUCUGUUCAGAAGGUCAGCCCUGGGACUUCAGGAGCAUCCGGUAUCAGGAGGCUGAGGGUCCCCGAGGACUUUGCAGCUGACUCCACUACGUUUGCAGUCGAUGGUUGAGACCGGAAAAGCACACAAAAGCGCAGAUGCUGGACCUGGUUGUCCUGGAGCAGUUCCUGGCCCUCCUGCCCCUGCAGGUGGAGAGCUGGGUGCGGGAGUGCGAGGCAGAGACCAGCUUUCUGCUCCACACUCCCGCACCCAGAGAGACCUUCAUGUUGGGAGCCUGGAAGGGGUUUGAAUGGAAUAAACAAUGAUAACCCCUCCCUACCAGAGUUCUCUGGCAUUCAUAAUAUGUGCAGAUGUUUCACUCGUUCUUGUAGGACCUUGUUCCGCUAUCCAUUCUAGAAGAUAGAUUUGGGACAGCCGCUCCUUUCUUACUUUCCAGCCUCACCGCUGGACAUUUGGGCUUCAAAGUUGUGUUUAGAGAACAAGAAUCCACUUCAUGUUGUGUGGUGUCUAUUAAUUCUUCUUCUUUUCUCCUGCCUACACUUUCAAGCCCUUUGCUGUGGAGAUCAGAGAUGCUGAGGGAAGGAGGAAUCGAUCAAGUCCCCCUCAGGAGCUGUUUUUCAGGAGUUUCUCUCAGGAAGAUCCAAAUCAGGACACCUCAGGAGGGAAGAAUAGAAUGAAGUUGACUGUUCCCUAUGGUGGAGCUGGAACAGUGCUUGAACCUCCAACUCCAGUAAGAGCAGGAAAUUAGGAGGGCCUUGUGUCCUUCGAGGAGGUGGCUGUGUGUUUCUCCGAGGAGGAGUGGUCUCAGCUGGAUCCUCACCAAAAAGCGCUGCAUUGGGAAGUCACGCUGGAAAAUUGUAGGAACGUGGCCUCUCUGGGAGAAUAAAGAUUUCAGUGAACCAUCCCAAAUGAUCAGGCAGGGAGAUGGGACAGAGAAGCCUGCAAUUCAAGUGGACCUAGGAAGGCAUGAGAGAAACCAAUCAAAUAAUUGGAAUACGGAAAGCUCAUCUUCCAUCGAUGCUCAGAUGCCAGACUUUCUCGACCAGCAAGGAAAAAUAAAGAAAAAAUAUAUUGGGAAAAGUUUAAGACUAUUCAAAGACAAAUUAGAUGUAAAUGAACACUAUCCAACCCAAACCAAAGAUUAUAUAUGCCAAGACAAUGGAAAAAAUUACAAUUGGACUUUCACUCUUUCUCGUGAAAACGGGUCCCUUACAUAUGGUAAAAAGAUCCACCCAGAGGAGAAGCCAUAUAAGUGCACGGAGUGUGGAAAGUCGUUUACUUGUAGGAGUAAACUUACUCUCCAUAAAUGGAUCCACACAGUAGAGAAGCCAUAUAAAUGCACUGCGUGUGGAAAGGGCUUUGCUCAGAAGUAUAAUUUUAAUUCCCAUAAAAGGAUCCACACUGGGGAGAAGCCAUAUCAAUGUAUGGAGUGUGGAAAGACCUUUAUUCACAGCGGCCAACUUACUUGCCAUAAAAGGAUCCACACCGGGGACAUGCCAUAUAAAUGCAUGGAGUGUGGGAAGGGCUUUAGCCAACUCAGAAAUCUUACUUCCCAUAAAAGGAUCCACACAGGGGAGAAGCCAUAUAAAUGCAUGGACUGUGGAAAGACCUUUAUUCAGAGCGGUCAACUUACUCACCAUAAAAGGAUCCACACAGGAGAGAAGCCAUAUAAAUGCAUAGAGUGUGGAAAGGGCUUCAGUGAAAAUGGGUCCCUUAUGAGACAUAAAAGGAUCCACACAGGGGAGAAACCAUAUAAAUGUCCAGAGUGUGGAAAGAGCUUCAGAACAAGUGGCUACCUUACUUACCAUAAAAGGAUCCACACAGAAAAGAAACCAGUUAGGAAUAAUCAGGAGAAUGAGAAUGAAAGUGACUCCAGUGUGCUGAUGUUGCAAACGAUGAAGCAAGAAGGGAGAUAUUUGGAAAUCAGUGGGGACCAAAAUAAAAUCCUAUGAUAUUAAGAAAAGCUAUUUAAGAGAACUACAGUUCCUCCUGACCAAACGUCCAGAAAUGAGAAGGGGUGUUGCCCCUGAGAUGUGAAGAUACCAAAACAUAAUCAGACUUACAUCCACGGUGUAGAACCGAGUCAACCAGCAUGAAUGCCAAAGCGUGGAACCUUUUUCAGUCAAAGGCCUCUCCUUAAGUGAGAGAAUUGCCACAUACAUAUCAAUGUCUAGUGUGUGGAAAGAGCUUCAGGAUGAAGAAUUCCUCUCUCACAAAAGGAGCCAGAAUGAGGCGAAGCCCCAAAAUGCACAUGCAAAACACUUUCCAGCAUUAAGGCCAUCUUUUGCCUUUCGAGGGUGUGACGAGGGCUAAGCAAAAGUCUAAAUUUGAUUGAAAUAAAAUCAAAUAUCAAU